AUGCUCCAGAUCCAAGUUGAAUCAAGGGCGCUGGAGGAGCUAGCGUGGGCGGUGGAGGCGGCAGUGGAGGCAGUGGAGGGGGUAGGGGUGGUGGUGGGAGUGGUGGCGGGGGUGGAGGUGUCGGCGGCGGCAGUGGAGGCGGAGGCGGCGGCGGCGGUGGCAGUGGGAGCGGAGGUGGUGGAGGUGGCGGAGGUGGAGGAGGCGGUGGCGGAGGAGGAGGAGGAGGAGGAGGAGGAGGAGGAGGAGGAGGAGGAGGAGGAGGAGGAGGAGGAGGAGGAGGAGGAGGAGGAGAAGGAGGAGGAGGAGGAGGUCGUGGCUCUUCGCAAAGGAGUGGCUCCGGUGGUGGGGUAG